AUGGAACACCCAUCAGGAAAAGCAUACGGAGGUACCGCUAUCAUUAUAAGAAACAGCAUUAAACACCAUCCCCAUAGCAACACCGAAUACGAAUACCUGCAAGCUACAACGAUAACAGUAGAAACCACAAACGGAGAAAUACAAAUAUCAGCCAUCUACUCGCCUCCAAAGCACAAGCUCACUAUGGAACAGUACGAGAACUACUUCAAUAACUUAGGAAACAAAUUCAUAGCGGCCGGGGACUAUAACGCCAAACAUUGGCAAUGGGGAUCCAACAGAUCAUCUCCCAGGGCGAAAUCUGAUCUAGCGCGUAGCUCUAGCAGAGCUCGAGCCGCGAAAGUUACUAGAACCAAAGAAUCUGAAGAGCAGUCUCAGGCCCAUUUGGCUGUAGCUGCUGAGCGUCAAGCGUCUCUUAGGGCUGCCGAGACCUCAGAGCAAACUCAGGCCCGUCUGAUUUUAGAUGCGGAGCGUCACGCGUCUCUUAGGGCUGCCGAGACUUCAGAGCAAACUCAGGCCCGUCAGAUUUUAGAUGCUGAGCGUCACGCGUCUCUUAGAGCUACCGAGACCUCACAGGAAACUCGGGCCCGUCACAUUUUAGAUGCUGAGCGUCACGCGUUUCUUAGAGCUACCGAGACCUCAGAGCAAACUCAGGCCCGUCUGAUUUUAGAUGCGGAGCGUCACGCGUCUCUUAGGGCUGCCGAGACUUCAGAGCAAACUCAGGCCCGUCAGAUUUUAGAUGCUGAGCGUCACGCGUCUCUCAGGGCUGCUGAGACCUUUCAGCAGACUCAAGCCCGGCAGAUUUUCGAUGUUGAACGUCCCGCGUCUCUGAUAGCCGCAGAGACCCAUGAAGCGUCACAAAGACGGCGUGUUUUAAUUGCUGAACGGCAGUCAGAAAGGAGACUAUGGCCUGAAAUAGUCGAUGAAUUGAUGCCGGAACAAAGCGCGAUUGAUAGGCAUGAUAUAGUUGCAAGAGUUUUUAGAUUGAAAGUUAAAAAACUAAUGACUGUUAUUACCAAAGGCAAAAUAUUUGUGAAAGUGCUGUGCUUCAUGUAUUCCAUAGAGUGGCAGAAGCGUGGUUUACCACAUGUCCACAUUCUGUUAUGGUUUAAAGACAAGUUGAGACCCGAUCAAAUUGAUAAAAUCAUCAGCGCUGAAAUACCGAAUCUAAGCAGUGACAAGGCACUACAUGAUAUUAUUCUUAAAAAUAUGAUUCAUGAACCAUGCGGACCUGAGCAUCCCCAGUGCCCUUGCAUGAAAGAUGGAAAAUGCACUAAAAAAUUUCCACAGCUCGCAAAUCCUGUAGAUGAAGUUCAAACAUAUCAGUCUGGUCGUUAUGUCAGUAGCAACGAAGCCAGGUGGCGGCUGUUAGGGUUUCCGUUACACGAAAGGCAUCCCGCCGUUACACACCUCAAUGUGCACUUAGAGAAUGGUGAACGGGUCUAUUUUACUGAAAAUAAUUUCCGCGAACGAGUAUCUGCUCCGCCAAAAACUACACUCACCGCUUUUUUUGAACUUUGCACAAGAGAUGAUUUUGCAAAGACUCUUCUGUAUGUUGAGGUACCGAGAUAUUACACCUGGAACGCAACAAGAGAAGAUUGGAAACGCCAAGUUCAAGGAACUCCUGUUCAGAAUUGGCCUGGUGUUAAAUCUGGACAUGCUUUAGGUAGAAUUUACACGGUCCAUGUGAGUAACAUGGAAUGUUUUUGUUUGAGAAUGCUUCUACACCAUGUGCGAGGACCAACCUUAUUCAAAGAUCUCAAAAAGCACAAUAAUCAGGAAUUUUCAACAUUUAGAGAGGCAUGUGAGGCAAAAGGGUUGUUGGAGAAUGACAAUCACUGGGAUGUAACACUGGAAGAGGCUGCACAAUGUAGAUCAGCGGCCAAGGUGAGAGACCUUUUUGCUACAUUAAUAGCGACAUGUGGACUUUUAAAUCCUCAACAAUUGUGGGAAAAGUACAAAAAUGAUAUGACCGACGAUAUAUUACAUACGUUACAAGAAACUAAUCCAAAUGUCACACACAAUGAUUUCAUUUACAACGAGGCCCUAACAAAGAUUGAAGAUCAAGUGAUAACUAUUACUGGAAAAGUAACACCACAUAGAACCGGGGAAGUUAGUAAUUAUUUAAUACGAGAACUGGAUUACGAUACCGCUUCUUUACAACAACAAAUAACAGAGUUCGUUCCACGUUUGAACUCAGAACAAAGAUUAAUUUUUGAUGAUAUUGUGCAAAAAAUCGAAAGCGGUGAUGGUGGUUUGUUCUUUUUGGAUGCUCCGGGAGGCACUGGUAAAACUUUUCUUUUAAAUCUGCUUUUAGCCCAAAUCCGGAAAGACAAAGGAGUUGCUGUUGCAGUAGCCUCUUCUGGAAUAGCCGCCACGCUGCUCAAUGGUGGCCGAACGGCACAUUCAGUACUUAAACUGCCAUUGAACUUAGCUCACGAGGAAAUGCCAGUUUGUAAUAUUAGUAAAAACAGCGAGUAUGGACGAAUGUUGCAGCAAUGUAAACUGUUGGUUUGGGAUGAAUGUACGAUGUCCCACAAAAGAGCAAUCGAAGCAGUAAAUCAUACUAUGAAAGAUAUUAAGGGCAACCAAAGUAUCAGGGGAGGGAUGGUGGUACUGUUAGCUGGCGAUUUGAGACAGAUUCUGCCGGUGAUAACUUGGGGCACACCGGCAGAUGAAAUAAAUGCAUGUCUAAAGGCGUCUACAUUAUGGGUCCAUGUACAAAAAUUUAGUUUGACUACAAAUAUGCGAGUACAACUGCACAAUGAUACACAAUCGGGACAAUAUGCAGGUGCUCUUCUAAAAAUCGGCGAAGAUCGUUUAGCAACAGACAGUAACGGUCUGAUUACAUUAAACUGCGAAUUCUGUAAUGUUGUUCAUAACACAGAAGAUCUGGAAAACAAUGUCUAUCCCGAUCUGCAAACUAAUAUGGGGAACAGAGAAUGGUUAUGUGAAAGGGCAAUUUUAGUCCUUUCUGUGGAAUGUCACAUGUGGAAGGUGACGUUGUGGAGUAUCUCUCGGUAG